AUGGAAGCCACGAUGGACUCGAAUCUUGACCCCAGCAUCUGCAGCGCUGAUGAUACCGCGACGAUGACACCGCGAGUCCCUUUGAGACGACCCCGCAUACGGAAGUCUCGAGGGCGUGGCCUGAGGACUACGAAGGGCUGCAUAACAUGUCGGAAAAGACAUUUGAAAUGUGAUGAAGUCAAGCCGAUAUGUGGUCCUUGUGCGAGAAAGGAUAAGCUCUGCGAUUAUGCUACUCCGGCUAGUCGUAGCGUUAAUCCUCCGGCGCCAGACAAGGAAAAUACAGAGGCUGUGGCUGCGACAGGCACGCCGCAGCCGGUGCUUGCUGCAGAGGAAGAGCCUCACAUUCCAAGAGGCUCGGGCCCCGGUCCUGUAACUGACGAACAUACCGAACCGAUUGAUGUAUCAUGGCCCACCUCGGGUGCAAUUAGCACCCUGCCUAACACAGACUUGCUUGACCAUUCAUCAGCCAAUGACCUUGUGUCAAACCACAGCCCAGUCGCAUACCAACAUAGCUAUCUAUCACCAUCAAAUGCGUCAUUUGCGGCAGUGCAAUGGUUUGGUCUUCUAGCAAGCGAUGCAGCUCGGGAUAGUCCACAUUUGGCGAACCAUCCUCAUUUUCGGUCGACUCAAAUAUUGACCUUUGACCAUUCUGGGGCUGAGGGUUCCGAAGAGCCUAGUUCACUUCAACGUGCGACUCAAGUUUUGGAUAGCCCUCAUGCUAGCAAUGCAACCUAUGGCUCGGCGGAUGUAUCAAGUACGUUAGACGAAGAGAAAAUCUGGCAGUCACCGAAGGCGAUCGAGCUUUUGCCAGCUGAGCAAACAUUAUUUGAACAUUUUGUGCACCAGGUGUGCCCAUGGAUUGAUCUAUUUGAUACAACCACACAGUUUUCGACAUUCGUCGCGCACUUAGCGAUACAUAAUGCUGGGUUGAUGAAUGCCAUCCUCGGUCUCGCAUCUCGCCACCUAGCUCUUAACCCUCGACUGGAUAAUGAAAACAUGCCCAAUAAAGAGGAAGCCGCACUUCAAUAUUACUACCAAACUCUACACUACGUUCAAAAAGCGAUGCAAUAUUCCAGCUACAAGACGAGCUUGGAGCUCCUCGCAACCACUCUGAUAAUCUCCGCGUACGAGAUGCUCGACAACUCCACAAAUGACUGGGAGCGGCAUCUGGAAGGCGUAUUCCUGAUUCAGCGAUCCCAAACCAUCCACGGCGAGUGUGGGGGACUCCACUCUGCUGUUUGGUGGGCAUGGCUUUGCCAGGAUAUCUGGGCUGCUUUUCGAGAGAAACGCAAGACUCUUACAUUUUGGGUUCCUCAAAAACCACUCUCCUCUCUAUUACCCCACGAACUCGCUAUGCGAUCGAUCUAUAUCACGGCGAAGGUGAUCAGUUAUUGUGCGGAUGUCAGUACGAAAGAGAAUAUUCAGAGUCGAAUUGAUGAGGGGAUGCGUCUUUGCACUAUGCUUGAUGACUGGCGUCGACAUUUGACUAUCGAGUUCACUCCACUGCCGCUUGGCCCGCGCGAUCGCGCAAAAUGCUUUCGGCCAAUCUGGAUUCGCCCCGCUGCGUUUGGGGUGGCAAUGCAAUUUUUCAAUGUAUCGAACCUCCUAUUGCUUGCCCAUGAGCCUAGCUUAGGAGGGCUUGACGAGUUCAUUGAACGACAAAGUGUCAUAAAGCGUUGCAUUGAUGAUAUUGGUGGCAUUGCAAUGACCUUGACGGAUAAUGCGUCAAGCUUAAUGUCAUCGCAAGCCUUAUUCAUAGCUGGAAUGUUUACCCAAGACACUCAGACACGAUGGGCAAUAGUGGAGCUUCUUGAUCUAUGUCGGGACCGAACUGGCUGGCCAACUAGGUCUUUGGGCAAUGAGCUGCAACACAUAUGGGAAAGGCAUGGGCCUUUGACGGGUAGUCCGGCUGGAUGA